AUGCCCGUCCGCCGUCCAUUUCCUUUCUUAGUCGCAUCUCCUCACAUUUCCCGUGCCUUGCAUCACACGCACCUUCCGAGACUUCCCUCGUUUUCUCCCUUCUCCCCCUUUUCCCCCCUCCAAAAAAACCACCUUCUCCGUUUUCCCCGGUCUCCGGCCCACCCAGCCACCACUUUGAGCGGCCUGCAUCUGUCUUUCGCCGCUCUAGCCGGGCUGCUAUGCCUCUGCCUCGCGCGCUUCCUUCCUCCCCCCUCCCCCUCCCCCUCCCCCUCUUUCCCCUCCCCCGCUCCGCUCUCUCCCUCCGCCUCUCUGCUCCCCCCUUCAACCACGCCUCCACCCGCCCCGGUCCCCACGUUACCCGCGUGGGAGGUGGGUCGCUUCACGCUGCUCUCCAACGUGUGUGUCGUCACCACCAACUUCGCCCUCCUUGCCAACUCCGUGGGGUUCUACCAGAUCAGUCGUCUGGCGAUCAUCCCUCUAACCUGCGCGUUUGAGUCUCUGCUACACGGCAAGACCUACUCGCCCCCCACGCUAGGCGCCGUACUGGUGGUGCUGGUGGGAGUGGGUGUGUGCACGGUCACUGACGUCUCUGUCAGCGCGUUUGGCCUUGCCACUGCUGCUGCUGGUGCUGUCUCUACGUCCCUGCAACAGAUUUCGGUGGGCGACUUGCAGCAGCGCUAUGCGCUGGGCUCCUUUGACCUGCUCAUUCAGACCGCCCCCCUGCAAGCAGUGUCGCUGCUGCUGCUGGGACCCACUGUGGACUACCUCCUUACAGGCUACAGCGUCAUUCACUACACCCUGACUGCUGAUGCUACUGCGUGGAUUCUCCUCUCCUGCAUCCUCGCCCUCCUCACCACAGUCAGCGUCUACCUCUGCAUCGGAAAGUUCUCCGCGGUUUCCUUCCAGGUGCUAGGAAUGGUGCUGUAUAGCUGGGCUGUGGAGAAGGAGAGGAGGGCGCGGGAAGGUGCGGAAAAGGACGAGGAGGAGGGCUGUGGAGCAACAGCUGAUGGGGCUGCAGCAGCAGCGGCUGAAGAUGAGAGUGUGGCUGCACUGAGAUUGAAUGAGACUACACCUCUCUUACAAGCACAACAGGGUGAUGGAUAUGGCUCUGGUGUGAAUAGUGUUACUGUGAAUAGUGGUGGAAGCAGUGCAACAAGUGUAGGAUGA